CCGCCACCAGGCUACAUGAGUGAAGACGGAGACAGUCAAGAACAGAAUGGCACCGAAAAUAUGGAUGCAACCCUUAUUUCCUCGCCAAGUCCGCCUCUUGAUGUUCAACCUGUUACAUAUACUGAGCCAGCAUUUUGGUGUUCGAUAUCAUAUUAUGAACUGAACACUCGAGUUGGAGAGACAUUUCAUGCAUCUCAACCAUCCCUUACUGUAGAUGGCUUCACUGAUCCAUCAAGUUCUGAACGUUUCUGUCUUGGCCUUUUGUCUAAUGUUAAUCGUAAUAGUGUGGUAGAGCAAACCAGGAGGCAUAUAGGGCGUGGUGUAAGGUUGUAUUAUAUUGGCGGUGAAGUUUUUGCGGAGUGUCUUAGUGAUAGCAGCAUUUUUGUUCAAAGUCCGAAUUGUAACCAAAGAUAUGGAUGGCAUCCAGCAACAGUUUGCAAGAUUCCGCCUGGUUGUAAUCUUAAAAUAUUCAACAAUCAGGAGUUUGCUGCCUUGCUUGCCCAGUCAGUCAGUCAAGGAUUUGAGGCAGUAUACCAGUUGACAAGGAUGUGCACAAUAAGAAUGAGCUUUGUUAAAGGUUGGGGUGCUGAAUAUCGACGACAAACAGUUACUUCAACACCUUGUUGGAUUGAAUUGCAUCUCAAUGGUCCUUUGCAGUGGUUGGAUCGAGUCCUUACUCAAAUGGGUUCUCCUCGUAUACCAUGCAGUUCCAUGUCCUAAGUAUAAAUGUUUUCAUUUUGCCCUGUUGCCACUAUUUUGCUUUGGAAGAUUGCUGCUGAACACAUGCUGAACAUUAAUGUGAUGUGUGUUUAUGACCAUCAAAAAACUUCAGUUUCUUUUUCUUUAAGCAGCUCUUUUUUCCCCCUUCAUAUUUCAGACUUGUAUUGUGCGAAUACUCCUCGACCCAAAGGUCACAAAAUUUGUAAAAUUGAUAUGAUCAUGGAAAUAAUGUAUUGUGUAUUUUGUAAAAUUCAUUUUAUCUCACGUUAAAAUGAUGUACAACAUAUUCAUUAUUUUUCAUACUUUGUAAUCCUCUUUUUUGUUGAAAACAAGUUUUAAUAUAAGACUAGCAAUAAUUCAUGAAAUUGUUUUCAAAGCAAUUAUUUGUGAUCAUCAAUUACUCAAUUUUUGCCACAAAAUCAACAUGACCUUUAAGCAAAUUUGUUGUUCAUAGUUUUACUUUAAUUUGUUUGCAAAUUUCCUGCAAAAAGUGGAUUUAUUUUAAUCGAUUUUUAGAGAGCUUUUAAUUUAUGUCAAAAGAUAUGUGUGAUAUAUAGCAUAAAAUAAAAAUCAGUUCUAUUAGGAAAUGCUGUUACAAACGUUGUACAUAUUAAGAAUUUUUCAGACUUAUACUUAAAUGUUUAUUGUUGAAAAUUUACUUACUGAUGCAAUUUAAUUUCUUUGAAUAAAUUCAUCUUGUUUUAGUUAUCAAUGUAAGAUGUCUUGUUUGUGUUUUUAAAAAAAAUGUGUGUGUUAGUCUCAUAUGAAAGGUUAUUAUGGCUGUAAAAUGUUUUUAUGUGCUUUGCCAAGCAAAAGCUGUCAAAGCAGUUUAUUUUAUCUACUCACCAAACGUUUUAUUACUGUGGAGAAGCUGGUAACAAAUACUUUUAACUAUUUAUCAUUUAUUAUAGACAAUUGUAAACUUCUCAGCUAGUCAUGCUCUGACUCGUAAGAUUUUCUCUCUAUUUCUGUGUCAUAUUUAUGUUUUCUUAUAGAUUGGAAGCAUACUUGUGGAUAUAAAUACAUUUUAGUACAAUAUAUGUAUAUUUUUUAGUUAAGAUAAUGUAAUACAUUUGUUAUUAGUUCACUAUAGAGCUUAAUGUAAAUUUUUGUUAAUGCACAGAAGCCAAAAACUGUUGAAAGUGUUUAACCAUACAUUUGGAUUAUACAUAUCUUAAGCCUGUUGGUUAUUUCAAAAUCAGUGUACAUGAUUUGUUGAUUGUUUUGUAAAUAAAAUACUUUAAUUAAUAUAGAUACGUAAAAGUUGAAAUCUUGUAGCAUUGAUGACAGAUUAAUAUUGCUCUAUCAUUUUGAUAACAGCAAAACUACAAAACAAAAGCUUUUAUUUAUUUUUCUUAGGUCUUGUCAUAAAUUCCUAAGGGGUGAAAUUUGACAUUUUUUAAAUUAAGUAAUUUGCUGAGAAAUUUGUAUUCUGUGAUCCCAGUAGCAGAAACAGCAUAACAUUGUGAUGUACGCAGCAGAUUCUGGAGAAAGUCUACUCUCCAUUUCAUAGUUGAGGGGCAAAAAGCUAAAAUUUUUUAAUAAAAAAUCUUACAUUUCUUAAUAAAAAUUGUACUGUAAUUUCUGGGACAUAAACUGUAAUUAUAAUUUAAUUGCAUUAGCAUCUUAUUUUAAGCAUUUAUCAGUACUGAUUUUAAUUUAACAAUUAAUCUAAUGUCUUUAUGGCUGUCAGAUAGCUGAAAAAAAUAUUCUGCUUUUGGAUCUACGCUUUUUUCCUGAAAUAAAUGUAUUGUAAAAAUAUGUCCACUGAAAUCACACAAAUAAAAUAUUCUAUAUAUUUCUCCAAAAUACUUCUUGCAGGGUUCUCAGCAUUCCUUAUUGCGACUAAAAUGCCUCUUUUUGUCUGCUCUUUCAUAAAAUGCUUAUAUAUCUAACCCUUAAAAGUUAAAUUAUUAAAAUAUUUAUUUUUUACCGUGUUUAUAAAUUAUUCAGGUCCUUAAAUAGCAAUAGAAAAAAAGAUAAAUCCAUGUCUUAGAAGCACAAAAUUACGUAUCAUUGUUUAAGAUUACUAGUAACCCUUGUUUCUUCAAUACCAAAAGUUUUCUUACCAAGUUUGUUAUAAGAAACAAAACUCAAAUAGUCCUUGCUUUUAAGGGUUGUAAAUUCUCCCAGAAGGAAAGUGCAAACAUUUUACAAUAAACUAGAAAAUUUCUAGAAAAAACCAAAAAAAACUGUUAGUGUUUUUGAGUGAGUUUGUGCAAAAAGUUCAGCAUUUUAUAAUUUUAACUGUUUAUUCUUUAUUUUGUCUCCUAAGUUGUUGUUUGCUCUUCAAUAUUUUAGCUUUCUUACAUGGCAUUUUUGGGUUCUAAUUGUGUGUUAAAUUCAUUUAUUUUUAAAAUAUGUAAAAUGCUAAAUUACUUCAAGUUUUUGACUCAUAAGAUUUCCUGCCAACUGCCUGAAAGAUUGACGGCAUAAUAGAGGAAUCAUCAACCAUAAUUGGAAAUUUAAAAGAGUAUGUAAAUUUUGUGAAAUGUAAACAUUAACAAACUUCAAUUUUUUUACUUUUUAUGGGUAAAGACAGCAAUUUAACUUACACAAUUUUAUAGCUAAGUUUAAGUGACUACUUUAAAAAAAAUUCCUGUUGAAUACUGUAAAAAUUAAAAUGCAUCAAUGUUCUAGAGAAAGAUUGAUUCUUUGAUAAUGGAUUGAUUCAUAAUGUAUUGUUCAUAAAUCAAUAAGUUAUUCACAAUAAUUUAGUGUUGCUAUAAUUUGAGAAAAAAACAGAUUUAUAUACACUCCUUACUAUUUCAUCUACUACCUGAGAAUUGUUUAAAUUGAGCUUAUUAGAUAAGUGAUAUUUUUUCUAAAUUAUUUUGAUAUUCAACUGGAAUUUUUAUGUAAACUGCCACAUUCACUUGGCUGCAAUAUUAUAAAGCUUUUAAAUGUUCAUAUUUUAUCACAUUUUCAGCAUCUUUAUUCAAAUUUCCAUAAAAGGUUUCUCUCCUAUGCUGUCAAGUUUACUUGAAGUUGGUAAAGUCUGUUGGGGGUGGGGGGGGGGACUCUGCUGGUUAUUAGCCAAAUACUUGCAAAAGAAAUUGGUAUUUUUGUAAGAAAUGCAUAGAUUUUCUUUAAAUUAAGGGAUAUUUCUACAACAAAAGAAAAGUCUCUAGAAUAACUGUCUGUAACAAGUAAAACUAAUGUUAAAAUUCAUAACUUAUUCCCAGCUCUUAAUCAUACAGCAUGAUCAAAAACUUCUUGCUUCAAUUUCUUUUUGAUCCCCUAAAUACAUGGAUGAUUGAAAUUUUUCUGAAAAGUGAGCUCAAAUUAUCCCUUUCUUUCACUAGUUUGAUUAAUUUGUCAGGUAAUUUUCUAAUAAUUCAAAAGAAUGUCAAGUUUUGAGUCCAGAUACUUUGACCAUAGAGUAUAUCCGUGUUGGGCAUUUGAUCAUUGAUUGUUCAGCUCCUGAUUUGAAUAAAAAUAAUUGAAUGUAAAUAAAUGCACAUAUUAUAACUAAACAAAUGCAAAAUCUAUUUUUUGACAUUCCUAUUGUUUUCUUAACCCUCCCUUCCAAUGACAUUAAGCCUUCCAGGGUCACCAAAAUCUGACUAGUAGAAACCUGAUUUUUGAAUCUGCACCACUUACUACUUCAGGUCUACACUACUUUUUGAUUUUUAGAUCUACCCUACUUACAGGCAUAAACGAGUGACUGAACCUGGAUUGAAAUAAUUCUCCCCUCCCCUGUGCAUUUUUUAUGUAGCCUAGUGUUGCAGGUACCAAUUUGGUUGCAAGAUUUGCUCUCAUAUAUGUGUAAUCCGUUUGAAAUGAUGAAGGAACUUUUUUUAGCAUUUACAUGUAUUUUUUUGACAAACUCUUGUUUUCAGUUCAGUGUAUGCCAGUGUUAUUGAUAUUUUUAAGCUUUUGCAUGCAAUCGCAUCCUUUUUACUCAUUUUUGUAUUAUCUGCAGUUAUCGUGCCACCCUAUUCCGCAGAUGAUCGGGAAUGUACCUACUCUUCAUCUCAGAAAAUAAGCAAUAAAACAGGAACAUUAGUGUAACUCAGAAGAAAGGGUUGCAGUUACUAAAUUUGUGUAUGUACCUUGCAGUGAAAGCAAUUCUGCAGUAAAGGAUUUGCAUAUCCUACACAGGACUGUGUAAUAAAUGCGAGAGAUGUAAAAACUGGCAAAUUUCAGUUGUUGCUAUUUUGUUGCAGUAGAUAUUAGUUUUUGGUUGUUUUUUUUUAAUUUCUUUGUUCCAAAUUUUUGAAAAUGAGUCUGCAUCUCCAGCAAUGGUGUUACGUGCCCUACUGAUAAAUGUUUAUGAUUAAACAAUUUUAGCAGAAAUUAGGGACAUUUUUAAUGCUGCUUAAAUUUGAAAACUAUUUUUUCCUCUAUUAUUUUGCGUAGCAUUGCCUCUUCUGUUACACAACCUGUGAAGAUUUUAUUGUGUUUCAAUAAAGUGAUCAUUUUAUAGCCAUUUUUCUGCUUGUUGCUAUUUUUCUAUGAUAGUGUGUAUUAACUUCGAAUGAUCUUGCUCAACAUGCGGACUUGUUUCUUGAUAUUAAACUAUGUACUGAUAAAACUGCUUGUAUUUUAGUUUUAUAUACACUAGAGAAUUAAUUUAUGAAAUCCUGAGUUAAAUGUAAUCUAUGCUCUAAUAAACAGUAUUUAAAGUUUUUGCUCAAUCACUUAUGGGCCCAUUACGCAGUCAUGUGUGGGACAAUCAGACUAUAAUUUUGCUGAAAUUUUGUUCUAGAUCUCAAAAUAUUGAUUAAGUAGGGGUAAGGAAAUUUUUAAUAUUUACAUGAUGCUCUUGACGCAGUUUUUUUUAUUUAAGCAUUUUACAUGCAUCAUUUGCAGGACAUCUUAAGUCAACCUCUUGUUUGCUGUAUGAAUUAGUUAAUAUUUUUGCUCUAUUAAUAUAGCAAUAACAAAGCAAAUUAUAUGAUUUGAUAGCUAAGGUUCCACCCUAAGGGAAACAUAUCUCAUUUGUUGAGAAAUAAUAAUUUAAACAGUUGAAAAAUAUUAUGUACAGAGCCAUUCCAUAAAAAAGCCGCCAAUUUGUCCUGCACAUGACAGCUCAAAUAUAUCACUAAAAAGUAAGAAUUUGAAAAGUAAUGAACGUUUUUUUUUUUUCAUUACCAGUUUAAAUUUUUUUUAAUGAAAUAUGUGAAUUAUCACAUGCUGGGCAAAAUUACUGUUUUCUGUGCAAUGGUACUUAUAUGUUAUUUAGAUGUACCAAUGAAGUCUCUGAAGACUUUAAAGGUCAAAAUUACAGCUGUUUUCAAAUAAAGUUGGUGCUGAGAACCCUGGCAUUUUUCUCCCCAUAGGAAUUAAUGACAUGCCAUAUGUUUCUUUUCAAAAGAAAAAUAUCAAACAAAUUUAUAAAAUUAUUUGUUAGUUAUGUCCUUUGUUUGAAUUUUUCUAGACUUAUGCUAUAUUUUGUUUUCCAAGCACUUUGGGCCAAAAGAAAGGAUGCAGGUAAACAGGAUCCUUUCUCUUCUGUUCUAUGAAACAGAGCUUGUUAAGGAAUUUGUUUUGUGACUCACUCAAAGGAGUUUCUUGUUAAGUAAAGUUUGAUUGUUCAGAAUAUUUAGAGUACAAAAUUUUGUUCAAUAUGUUACUUUCAUGAAUUUUACGGGUAUGCUUUGUGUUUUAGCUUGUUUAUCUGCCUGCUGAUAUUAUUAGGUAGUUUUGACUUUUAUUUUCAAAAAAGGACCUCCUCAAAUACUUAUUGAUAAAACUACAUAGGAGAAAUAAAGAGAUAUUUUACUGUUAUUUUAUUCAUGUUUGUGUUAAUAUUUCUCAUCAGUACUAUUAACAUUAGGAAGCUAAAUUGAAGUUUUAGUUUUGUGUCUUUUGAAUGUGAUUUUAGAACUAGAGAGAUAAUGAGAAAUCUCAAACAUUGUUAAUGGAAACUCAUAAUACUCACUUUUGAAUAAUAAUACUUAUAAGCACCAUUAGUUAUAAUUAUUGUUAUGAAUGGUAAGAGUGUAAAUAGGGGUUAGUUGGCAUUUGGCAGCCUAUUAACAUUCUACCUUAGUAAAAAGAAAUAUCACUCUGGGGCUGUCCAUACAUGCCACAUUUUUUCAACAAUUUUGUCCCUCCCCCCCCCCCCCCCUCCUUUGUCAUAUGUCAUGCUAAUUUUAUAAUAAUCCCUGCUGUAACACUUCUUUUUGUCCCCUUCUUCCUCCCCCUUAUCACGAACUCCCCCCCCCCCCAAGCAUGACAUCAUUUUAUUGCCCCUUACACUGCCACCAUGUUUGUUCUUCAUUUUGCAUUCUAAUUAAACAUUGUUUUUAAAUUACCGACGAAUGGAGCAAGUUUAUGACAGCAGUGGUUAGAUUUAGGAUGCUGUUUUGUAACAAAUAGAAAGUUUAUACUGUUUGUUCUGGUAUUGGUACAUAUCGUUCAUUGAGUACUAAAAGUAGAUAACUGCAAAGUUUUUGUUUAUAAAAGACAUAAAUGAAUCUAAUUAGAUAAAAUUUAAUAAUAGAAGCUUAAUAACUUUUAAAUAAAGUCUUCAGAUUCCCCUUAAUCAUGAUGAAACAUCAAUUUGUCGAGUUUUACUCGAAGUAGUGUGAAAAAAAAUUGUAGUAACCAACUUGUAGUAAUCACUCUACAAGAUGACAUGGCACAAUCUAACCCCAUCCGUUACAAGGUCAUACCAUUCUAGGGUAUGUGAUAUAUUUAUUUGGCAUAUUAUUUUACUCUUAAUGGGGAGCUUUUCUAUGUUUAAUUUAGUUAGUGGGUUAUUUUAAAUUUUAAGGCAGCUUUAAUGUUGUUAAAUGGCUUGUUUUAUUCUUUUGACAGAUUAUUUAAACAUCUUAGUAUCUCAGAUUAUUUAUUUGAUGGAUUAUUUUUCAGUUUAUGUAGUUUUUAAUUUUGUUUAAUGUAAAAGUAAUUUACAACAAGAAAAUAUGUUAUAGCUAAAUACGUAGUUAGACCAAUCAUGCUGGUAAAUACUGCGUUACCUGCAUCAGCUGGCAAAACAGAUAAAUUGGGGCUCAUUUUCAACAAGAAAAAAGCAAUUUCUCCUCUCAGUUCCAAUUUUUCUUGAUUGGCUAGUUUGUCAAAUCUGGUACUUGCAGCAUAUUCUACAAACGCACAAUGAGUAAAACUUGACCUUGACCAAAACUUUCAAAUGAAUAAAUUGUUAAAUUAUUUUGCAGUGCUUUCCUGCAAGUGACAAAAGAAGCGAUAGCUUACAUAGUUGAUCAAAAGAACUUAUUAUGAAUAACACUAUCAAUGCUGAUGACAGCUAUAAUGCUCUUUAUGUAAUUAUAAAAUAUUUGAAUUUGAGGCCUAUAAAUGUUUACUUUCUUUUAUUUAUUUUUCUUUCAUAUAAAUAUAAAAUUAUUCGUAAUCAAAUCAGGGUUUGAAAAAACCCCAGCCCAUCCAGUUUUUGAUCAAUACAAUGUUUUUUGGGGGGGGGGGGAGGGGGGUUGCUGGAAAAAAUCAGGUUUUAUUUAAAGGAUCUUUUUAAUCUCGAUCUCUGUUCAUGCCAAACUACUGCUUUGCUACUUUUACUUUUCAUUGAAGUAUGUAUUAUUUUAAAUUAUGCUUCUAUUUUUAUUCUAAUAUAUUGUAAAAAAUGCCAAAAUUAAAAGAAAAAUAUAUGAAUUUUAAAACAGUUAAUUUUAUGAAAUACUAUCAAAUUUCUUUGUCUCUUUGACAUUACCAUUUGUGAAGGAAAAAUGUAUUAUUACAUAGUUAUAAAUUAUGAAAUAUGCUACAUAGUAAUAUAUUUUUUGCACUUUGUCCUCACAACAUAUGACUAAGUUUUAAGACAAAAGGGGGCAGCAUACAGCAUAAAACAUGCAAAAUAAUCAAAUUGGCUCUAUAAACAAAUAUUUGGACCAUAUUAAGUCAUAUAAUUAAUUUUUCACAUGAUAAUAUGAGAAUACGCUAUAAAUAUUCAGGUAUGAUCAAAGUUUAAAGAAUAUGGUGCACUCAUCACAAGGUUGCCUACUUUUCGCUGAUUUCCUAUGACUGUUGUAAUCUAAUUUUUUUUCUCUUAGCAACUUUGCACUAAGCUGCCAUUUAAAAAGAGAUUAAAGUUUAUGAAAGCAUUUUCCCAACAGUGUAAAAAUAAUAAUAAUAAUAACUUGAAAAUUGAUUGAAAUAAUUAUCACUUUUUUUAAAUUGAUUGUGAAGUCCAUAUGCAGUUUUAAUUUCUAAUUGUUAAUAAAUUGCCCAGAAAGAAAGGUGGCAAUUUCUGGAUUUGUUAUUGAUCAAUAUAGUUGUAAUAUUUAGUUUGUUUCUGAAGUAAAUGUUUUUAAUGUGCAGUUGAAUUUCUAGAAACCACUUUACUGAGACUGCAUUUUUUCCAGUGGUUCCAAAAAAUAUAACCGGGCAGGAUUUCUCGGACUGGGCUGGCUUUGGCAAACGCUGAAUCAAAUAGAUUUUUCUUAUCAGGAUAAUAGAAAUAGUACUGUUAAUAAAUAUUUUUGUGAAAUUAAACCAUUUAUUAGCACAAAUAAGAUAACAUAUAGAACUCACGUUAAUUUUUAAUUUAAACAUAUAUUUAUUAUAUUGGGAUAAAUACACUUUUCUAACCUCGUUUUUUUUUUCCGGUAUGCUGGAAAGGACCAGACAAAGGAUGUGGGAAAUCUGGUGAACCUUGAAUUUUGCUCCAUGCCAGCUGAUACAGGAUAAUAUUGCAUAUGGGGGGGGAGGGCGAGUUGCCUUACAGUUGUGGACUGUUGCCAACUAGAAAAUCCUUAGUUUUCAAUAGUGAUGAAUUCAUUUUAUGGCCAAUGUACCCCUAUUCUGCACUUUUGCCUUAUAAAUGCUCAAAUUUCAACUAAAAGAUGAAAUAGAGAAGUAUUAUGCUGUUAUUAAAAGCUUUAUUAAAUACUGUACUGGAUUUAUAAAUCCAGUUUAUUAUUCAAGUUCUAAAAGAUACUCAUCAUAAGAAGGCGAAGGCUCUUUAAUUUUGACUUCUAUCUGUGAAUAAGUUUGUGUAAUAUGAACUUUAAUACUUUUAUCAUGUUCUAGCCCAAUCAUUACCUUUCUAUAAAGACUUUAAUUUUAUGCUUUCUAAUACGGCAUCAUUUUUAUAACCAAUAGGGGAGAGUGUUGUACCUUGGGACACUGCUAAUUUCUAAGAAUCUAUUUUUAGCAGCCAUGUUCUCGUAAUCUCUAAUAAUAACCUUCACCACUAAAGGGUGCCAUAGUAAAAAUCAGCAUCAAAUGAGUAAAAUAGAUAAUUUUGUGAGAGAAAGAAAAUGAUAUGACUCCAAAGUAAAAAUUUUCAUUUUUAAUUCAUUUUCUGUCUUUGUAUUUGUAAAUUUAAUCAACUUAAUUUUAUUUUGUUAUAAAAAAGUAGUACUUAAAAUAUUUUGCUUAUGAGAAAAUAAUGAUAAUGCAUCCUGAUUGACCAUCAUUUUGGUUUUUCUUAAACAGCAUGGUGAUUGUACCUGGGACAGCCAAACAUUUUGUACCUUAGGGACACAUUCCAAGGUACAACAUAUGCAUGGUUCUUAAUGCUUAGGAACAUGGAACAAUGUUCAAAUCUAAUGCAGUCUUUUACGCACAUUUAAUGUUAGAUAAUAAUUCAUAUUCAUUAUUUAUAAUUCAUAAUUAAUUAUUCACGAUUUAAAUUCACUACCAUGGAAAAACCAUACACUACCAUGGUUGGGGUAUUUUAAUGUGACAUUUAGAUUUUAAAUUUGAUUCAAAUAAUUGACGUUAAGAAAUUUAAAUAUGAAAAGUGUCUCAAGGAACAACCCUCUCCCCUACAUUGCAGUUUUGGGUGUCAAAUUCAGAAAACUAAAUGCAAAAGCAAAUACCAUGCUAACCACCAGCAAAUUGGGAAUAUUUUUAGGCUUGUUUAAGGAAUAGUUAUUGUCCUAGGUUUACAAACUGAAACAUUUUACUAAAGAGAAGUGUUAAUUAAAUGUAUGUGGUUGAUAGAUUACUGUAAAUAUUUUUUCUUUGCUGUUCCCGCACCUCAUUCAAGUAUUUUGCUUACUUCACAUAAUACUUGAUAUUUUUUGUAUUAAAAAUUUGUCUUGAAGAAAAGGUUGCUCAUUUUAAGAUGAAUUCCCCCCCCCCUCGCCCUUCAUAAACUCAAAUUCUGGAUACACCAUUAAAGUACAUUGCCCCUAUAACAAUUAUUGCAGUGUAAUUCUUAAGCAUUGUUAUAUCAAAGUUUAACCGUAUUUAGCAAAUUUUUCAGCAUACUUUGUCCAAUCCUGUGAUUUUUGAUCCAAACUUUAAAAAAAAACAGCUUGUAAUAACUAUUCUGUUAAAUUUUGUUGAAAUAAAUUUUUUAAAUUUAAAGAGAAAUAACUAAAUUAAAGUGAGAUUUAUAUAAUGCAUAAUGAUUGUUCUACUGGAAAAGUUUAUUGGGUUUUUUUAGACAUUCUUUUAUUGCAACUGCAGAUCCUUAAGAUUGAGGUAAAAUCAGUGAAAGUAUGUUGUUGGUAGAAUUAUAAAAAUUAGAAAGAAAAAAAAAACAUGCAGUGAUGUUUCAUUGAAUAUUGUGCAAAACAAAUGAGAAUUAAUGUUAAUUGUGGCAUAUGAAUCAAGUUAAAAUUCAAAAUUAAAUUUUAAUUUUAAAAUACUUAAAAAUUUUCAUGUUUCAAUAACCAAUUACGAUAAGUGUUGCAAAAGAGAAUGUUACUGCUAAUCGAUAAUGGGAUUAGUGUGUAAUAAAAAAACCUUCCAUAUCAGUUUGACAGGAUAGACUUACUGCAUAACAACCUCAAUCAUUUAUUUUGGAUCUUAAAAGCUCAAGCAUAAACUGAACUCGCAUUCCAAGUCGUUGAUGAUACCCGGUUCCUAAUUAGUUCUUAACAGAAACUAGAGUUUUACCAUAGAUAAUUGUUAUUUAAUUAUCAAUUGUACACCCAGCAGGUACUGAGUAAUGUUUCUGUAUGCAAUGUAUUGUUAUUUAUUUUAUGUAACCAGAAUAAUAAAAUCCUGAAUGCUGGUGGUCCAUAAAAAAAAAAAAAAAGACUGACAACUUUGAAAGACUUAAAUUUAUUAAUUUUAAGUUACAUUUGCAAAUUUGUAAUCCCAAAAUUGAAUGUUAUUAGCUAGUAAAAUUAGAAUUUUGAGUUGCUUCAUUGUUUUCAUUUGUUCUUCCAAAUGGUUUAUUAUCAAAUUGCAUCUCAUAAAAUGAUCUGGUUUUUUUUGGUCUGAAUUACUCUUGAGCUCCCUAAUUUUAUGAAGAAAAGCCUUGAUUUUCAAAUCUGUUUUAGGUUUAUUGACCCUUAGGGGCCAUUCAUUAAUUACGGAAAGAUGAGUUUGGCAAUUUUCGACCCUAACUCCCCCUCUAUCAUGUAAGGGAAAGUAAGAUUUUUCAAACCCUCCCCGUUUUUGUUACGUAAGAUUCCAUUUCGUUUUCGUGUUGAUAGAAAAAAGAUGUUUCACUAAAACUCCUCGUUUGACGUUAAUCAAAGAUUUUUGUUUUUCAAAUAUAUCAUAUGACGAGAUGCUAAUAAAAACAAAACAGGCCAUGAAUAGUGCGAUUCUUUAAUCAUAUUUUACACUAUUCAUUCUUUGAAAAGCAAGUACAGGGUGGCGACAGAUCAGGGAGAUCAGGGAAAAGUCAGGGAACUUCAUUAAUCAGGGAAAUAUCAGGGAGUUUUGAAAAAAAACAAAAAAUCAGGGAAAAUUGAUUUUAUGAAGAAAAAAAUUUUUUUUUUUUUGCUUUACAAAAUUAAAUGGGUUUGACCCCCUCCCUCCCCCCAAAGUAAGGGUAUGUAGAGAUUUUUGUAACUCCUCUCCCCCUCGAGACCCUUACUUAAUUAAUGAAUUGCCCCUUACUACACAAAAUUUCUUAAUUUUACUCACAAAUUAUUUUCUUUAGAAUGUACAAGCAGUAUACCAACAGCCAGUUAUGACAUCCAGCGACUGCAGUUUCAUCUUCAUUAUGGACUUGUCAGUCUAGAAUUGUUAAUGACUGAGCUGUGGACAGUUGUUUUCUCGUUGAAGCUAAGAGUGCCAACAAACUGUUAUGUCAUAACCGGCUGUUGGUCUAUCGCAUGGAGUUCUGUCUUAACCCUGGCUUAAAAACAAUAACUUGCUGCUAAAUUCAUCAGAAUGUGAUUAAGUAAAUUUUUUUAAAUAUUAAGAAAUUUUCUUGUUGUAAUGAUUAAGUGUUUCCUGUUAAUUGCAAGUGUGUGUGAAAGUAUUUAGUUGAAGUUUUUUUUUUUAUGUAGUUCUUUAAAGUUGUCAGAUCAUAAUAGUGAAAUAUUUAAGCCACCUAUGUGCAUACUUUAGACUACAGUAGAGCUCCAAGAACUGGCGACUCUAUAACCUAUGUGAUUGGAAAAAAACUUGGGCACAUUCAGGCCAGACAAGAAAACCCUUGCAAAAAAACUGUUGUGCGUACAUUCCCAAGAACCCGGCAUUUUCACUAACUUGGUCACUUUUUGGUUCACAUCACAUUUGGUUCAGUUUUCAGAGUUCUACUCUACUUAUAAUCUCAAAAGUAUUUCUCCUCAAUAUGUAAGUUGUGAUAAUAUCUUAAACUUUCAUUCACUGUUAACUAUCUUAUUAAAAUUUUAUAUUGUAAUAUUUGAAUAUCUAUUUAGAAUUUUUCUUUUGGGGUGAGGGUCCUAUUUUUUGUUGAUUGCUUAAAGCAGCGUUACCCAACCUACGGCUCAUAGGCUCCUGUUUUUUUUUUUUUUUAACAUUAUGAAUUGAAAAUAAUGUUCUGGAACCUUUUAAGACAACAGAUCAUCUUCGCUUAGUACAUACUAAGAAUGAUAGUUGCAAAAUUAGAGCCAUGUAGUCAGAAAUUGGUUUCUCAAAAAAUGUAAGGAAAUUUUGUAUUGAGAAAAUAAGCAAUAUAGGGGUAAUGAUAACAAUUCAUUAUAUGUAUUUUUCUUUUUUUUUUUUUCCAUGUUAUCUAGAAAAAUUUUCAUGUGUUUAAAUUUUGUGUGUCUUUCUCAGGAGAGAUUUAUAUUAAUAUAAGGGGUGGCCCUCUGUUUAAAAAAUAUUGUGCACUGCUGCUUUAAAGGAAGUGUAUGCUUGUGUAUUAUAAUAAAACUUGUUUAGAGAUUUCAGUUUGUAAUAUAUGCAAUUGUAUAUUGAUCUUGUCUUCAUAGAAUAAUUGAAAAUCUAAGAUAGCAUGACUUUUGUUAGUUACAUUUGAGUUUUACAGUUUUAAUUGAACUGUGCUCUUAGUGUAUUGGACCACAAAUGUCUGUUUAGUAAUUUAUAAUUAAUCUUUGAUAAUUAUGCAAUUUGUUACAUUUUAUAAAAACAUAUGGAUAUUUUUUUUCAUGUGUUUUAUCCAAUUUGGUUUCUAGGAUGGUUAAUGACUUUUUCAGUAUUAAAUUUAUGCAUUGUUGAUUUGUCUAUACCGACUUCUCAGAUUGUUCUAUAAAUUUCAUGAAUUAUUGCUUAUGGCAAAGAAAUGAAAAUUCAUAACAUUACUAGUCACCGUUUUCAUUUUUGAAUGAGAACUUUGUUGUGCAUAUUAAAAAAAUGAAAAUUUUG